UUUGUCCACUCGGGUCAUUCAUACUUACUUUGGGUCAUCUGUCAGCUGAGGAAGAAGAAACAGAGAAGAGCGGGGACACGGCGAGAGAAGUAGACCAGGAGGCACAAGGACACGGCGGCAAAUCAGCAAAGAGAGACACAGUGCUAAUGUUGGUCAUGUGUUGGAUAUCUCUUUACUGAAGAAAUCUCUUUACUGAGCAUCAACGUUGAAAGAUUCUGAACUUACAAAAGGACCGUUAUCGAAUUAAUUUAACUAAUACACAGGAGACUGCUUGAAGUGGAAUUUCCACACUAUCGAAAUAACGCAGCCGUUCUCGUAGUAACGGUACCGGGAGGAUUUACCGGUUGAACACCUGACCUUCGGCAUCAACAUGAGGGUCUUCAACCCAAUCCUCCUCCUUCUACUGCUUCUGUCGGUGCUGCUGUUGGCGAACGCGCAAAAACCUGAUUUCCUGAAUAUCCGUAGAAAAUAUCGGCGACAUUGUCCGCAUAAACGCUGCCUACCGCUGCAUUCACGUGUGCCAUUCCCCUAAGGGGACGUCUAUGAAAAAGGGGACAAUCGGUGGAAAACGAACUACAGGACAAUGGAAUUCUCGUCCGCCGAGACAAACCCGCCUUCUGUGAUCCAGUGCUGAGAGGAGAUGGGCCAAGAAUCUUGACUGUGGUGAUUCAGUGGUUUCUACUGAUAAUGAUUACAACGUUCCUCUUACACCACGGCUACUCUCUUAUAUAUAUAUAUAUGCAGUGGACUUGAGUUGUCACUACUCAUAGCUUUUGUAAAUAGUUUAAA